AUCGCCACGGAUACUCCCACUCGCUGAUGGGGUUUUGAGAGUUGACAGCAAUCAGUAAUCUGUUUUGGGAGUAUCAAUUUUGUCCUCAACCGAAGUGAUUUCGUCCCGAGCGCGCCAUUCAUGGUGGUUCGGAGAUGAUUCCUGUCAAGGAUAAUGAAGACGAAUCGUGCUUUUUGGUCACCAAGCACUCGCCAUGGCGUGGGAAGUACAAGCGGAUUUUCUCCAUUGGCACAACCGGUGUCACCACGUACAACCCCUCGAACAUGGAAAUCACCAAUCGCUGGCCCUAUUGCGAUUUUAUGGUUGCUCUUCCAGGGCCAAACGGCAACCACAAUCAGAUCAACGGAAAUGGUCUGAGUGGCGAAUUUUCGAUAUUCGUCAGAAGCGAGAAGAAUAAAAAAGAUUCUAUGCGAUUCAGCACAGAGUAUCGAGCUGACCUACUUACCGACCUAUUAAUUCAUCGGCACCAGUUCAAUGGAGCUGAAAAACAAAAAGAUCCAUCUUGCAAUUAUCCAGCAUCAAAGCUGCACUGGUCAGGGAUCAACCUGCCAGUUACGCUAACUGUGGCUCCAGCAAGUUUGGAGCAGAGAGAUGUAACAAGCAACGCCCUACUUGCCAGCUACCCUUACAAAGACAUUGCAUGCAUGAAAAGGGUCAUGGGCUGUCCAGGUUGCCAUGGUUCAAGUGAAGCAUGGGCGAUUGAAAUGAGGCAGACUGGUAGAAUGCACUUGUUUGCGUGUUCAGAUUGGUCGGGCAUCAAACAGAAGAUAACCAAGUUUGCCAGCCAAUAUUUAGGGCUUAAUCUUGUAUUGACCAGCGUCCAGCAAAGUGAAUCAAUGAUUGAAUGGGAAAAUUGGAAUAAUGUUAGAUUAGGAAAGUUUAGUGGAGAUGAUAGUCUUACUCCAAUUGGAGAAUACACUGUGAUGAAGACAUCGCCAAGACAUAGCGAACCAGUGAGAAGAGUUCUCUGCCUUUCGGAGCAGUGUUUGAUUGACAGAGACCCUCAAACCUACCAAGUGUGCAGUAUUGCUCCAUUGGAACAUGUUUUCUGCUUAGUGCGCCCCAGAGAUUCGGCGCAGAACUUCACAGUUCAGUUAGAUAAUGGACAGAGCAAAAAAUACACAUGCCAUGAAAGAGACUCGGUUUUAGCAUCACUGCUAGACACCAUAAAGGCUGCUGGAAAUAGGAACGUUCAUGUUUCUACAAAUGGUACUGCUAGAGGUAUGCGGUGGCUGCCUUUGUGGGCCACAAUUGAUGAGGAAGCAGAGAAAAUGGUCCUGAAGUUGAUUCAGCCGCCACUUUGUGACAAACCAUAUGCUGAACUUUUAGAGAGGUUCAGCGCCAAUGUGCCUUACAAUGGAUUAGCUCAUAUCACAGCCCCGACGGGGAUUUUCGGAGAGAAUAAAGACAAACAAGUCACUGGCGCACUGGAAACUAUCAUGAUGAAAGAGGGUGACAUAUCAACCAUUCCACUUACUGAACUCGAGGUUCAGUUUAAUGCCCUAAGGAGACUUUUAGCCUGUCGAGUUGGUUAUUGCUCUUUCACCACUUUGCCUGGGCUCAGAGAAAACAUAGGCAUGAGAGUUGUGAAAUCUCUUAGGAGAGGCGACGAGUCUGUUUCACAGCUUGCUUUGGAAUUAGUCUGCUCCCUCAUGAUUCCUUUACACCAAGCGUGGGAUAUACGACAAGAGCAGCUCAACAAGGCUUCACUGCUUUCAAGCCCUAAGUUCUUGGCAAGUUUGCUUGACAUGUGGGCUGGCCAUGUGACAAGAGGAACAGGUGCUCUCGUAGUAGCUGCCAUGCUCGACGUCUUGACCUUUGCACUUUGCGUACCUUAUUCAGAAACAACUUCAGCUGCUCACUUUGAUCAGUUGCUGGGAGCACUUGCUGAAAGAGGCAGAUGUCUUUAUAAAUUAUUUCAGCACCCCUGUCUGGCAAUUGUUCGAGGUGCUGGCUUGUGCAUGAAGGCCUUGAUUGAAGAAGGGUCCGAGGAAGUAGGAGCAAAAAUGCAGCAACUAGCUUUGACUGAGGGAGCCUUGCCAAGGCACUUGCAGAGCGCGCUUUACUUGCGUGGCCCAGAACCAAGAAUUCUAGCUUUGAGGCAACUAUCCAGACAAUUAGUUGCACUAUGGUGUGUAAACAAUGAUGAAGCAAACAACUUGUUGCGAAGAAUAUUGCCCAACGGAUUAUUAAACUGGCUUGAAUCUGACGAAAAAGCCCCUGAAACCAGUGAAGAGCACCUUAACACCAGAGACAAUUUGCAACUGGUCAUUGAUGAUAUGGAAUCAUUGAAACCUAAAGGAGUACAAAAAGUAGGCUUGACGGUCCAGAAGAAUUUAAAAGUAGUAGAGCGCCACGUUGAGCAUGCUCUUCAACACUGGGGAGCAAGGAUGGGCCUUGAGAGACUCGAAAGGCUUGGUGUUAGUGGACCAGGGAUGGUCGAAAUUACAGAUACCAGCAAUUUGCCAAAGCCAGUUGCUCUAAGGCUUAGGAGAGAGCUGGUGAAGUCAAAAGCCAAUUGGCCUCUUGUGUACUCUAAAUUUUGGCUUGACCACGCUCUUCCCGACCUAAUCUGGAAUCAUAGAACGAGAGAGGAGCUGAGAGAAGCACUUCAACAAGAACUGACCAAUUUUGCAUCCGAAGCUGAUUUGACGGCUUCGACAAUGCCAGACGCUGAAGACUUGACUGUUUCCUGGAACUAUCGAGAAUUUGAGGUUACUUAUGCCAGUUUGUCUGAUGAAAUAAAAAUCGGAGACUACUAUUUGCGAUUGCUACUGGAAAGAGACCACGAGGCAACGUUGCAAGCAAGUCUCGGUGAAGGAACUGCUGUUGGUUCUGGCAUAAAGAAAGCAUCCAAGUUGUUCACGGAACUUUAUCACAGAUUUUUACUAAGCACAGCUAGAGCCGAUAUGCGAGCCAUGUGUCUUCAAGCAAUGUCUAUCGUUUACGGUCAACAUUAUGAGGAACUCAAGCCAUUCUCAGACAUGAAAUUUCUUGUUGCUAUGCUUGACAAGAGCGUGGAAAGAUCAGAACGAGACAGAAUCGUUCUCUUCCUUAGACAACUGGUACGACAGAAGUCAAAUUGUCAAUUGAUGUUAGAUGCCGGUCUUGUAAAAAGCCUAGUGGACCUUGUUACCUUGUCCCACCUGCACACAAACAGAGCAAUGGUGCCUUCACAAAGUAACGUCUUGGAAGCAGGACCUGGCAUGACGAGGGACCAGGAAAAAGAGUGGUACUACGAAGUAAAUAAUGAGAGGAGAGGGCCCGUGAGCUACAAAGACCUAAAAGAGUUGUUCGCUGCCCAAACAAUCACAGCCAGAACAAAAUGCUGGGCACAAGGAAUGGAAUCAUGGCGGCUUUUGCACCAAGUGCCUCAGCUCAAGUGGGGGCUCCUUGCAAGAGGUGAAGCAGUUCUUGAUGAAAGUCAACUUGCGCAUCUUGCUCUAGGCAUUUUAAUUCAGCUGUGCGAAUAUUCCCCAUCAAGAGAAAACGACGGAUCUGUCAUCAGGCCUUUGCCGAGAGUGAAAAGAGAAAUUUCGGACCCAAGUUUAUUACCCCACGUUGUUCAAUUGCUCUUGACGUUUGAUCCUAAAAUUGUUGAGAGUGUUGCUACCAUUCUAAAUCUGGUCAUGGCUGAUAAUCCAGCCGCCACUCGGCUUUACCUCUCUGGAGCAUUUUACUUUGUACUGAUGUACACAGGAUCCAACGUCCUGCCAAUUGCGCGCUUUUUGUCGACCACCCACACACUGCAAGCGUGCAGUAGAGUACAAGGCACUGGAAGUAUUCUGUCGCCUUUGUUACCAGAUGCCAUGGUCCAUUUCCUAAUCAAUCACGGGCCUGAAAAAUUUGCCGAGAUUUUCCUUGGCGAGUUUGACACUCCAGAAGCCAUUUGGAGCUCUGAAAUGAGACGUCAUUUGUGUGAACGUCUCGCAGCUCACUUAGCUGAUUUCUCUCCCAGACUUUCAUCCAAUACCAGAGCAAUUUAUUCUCACUGCGUCAUUCCAGAGAUUCUUUACCCUCAACUAGACAGAGAGUUGUUCUGUGGUUCAUUCUAUUUGCGCCACCUCUGUGACGAAAUCAAGUUCCCUAACUGGCCAAUCGCAGAACCUGUGUCUCUGUUGAGAGACGUUUUGCUGUUGUGGAAGCGAGAAGUGGAGAAGAAACCCCCAGCCAUGUCAACAGCAGAUGCCUUGCGAGAACUGGGCAUAUUAGAUGCUGAAAAUGUUCAGGAAUCUGACAUUAGGAAAGCCUAUUUUGUGAAUGCUCAAAAGUUCCAUCCUGACAAAAAUCCAGCAGGCAGAGAACGAUUUGAAGCAGUCAAUAAAGCAUACGAGUUCCUGUGCAGCAAAGAUUCCAGGGAAUUUUCAGGACCAAAUCCAGACAAUAUUGUGUUGAUUUUGCGAACACAAAGUAUUCUUUUUAGGAGAUAUAAAUCAGAGCUGUCUCCAUACAAAUACGCUGGUUAUCCUCAAUUGAUAAAAACUAUCAAAAUGGAAACUUCCGACGAGGGACUGUUCUCAAAGCAGGUACCUUUGUUAGCGAGUGCCAGUGAACUUGCCUACUACACCGUGGACUGCUGCUCGCUGAAUGCAGAGGAGCUUCGACGUGAAGGCGGAAUUGAUUCCUUGUUAGAAGCUCUCUCAAGAUGUGUAGCUGUUCUCAGCAAAAGCGCUAAGCCACAGGAUGUGGCUGUCAAAGUAUGCUGUAAUGUUGUACAAACGCUGGGCGUUUGUGCAAAGUCUCAAGCAUGUCGGGACAAGAUGGUCGAGCUUCCUCGCCUUGUCUGGGAGUUGUGCAGUAUACUUCAGUGGCAGCAUUUGAUUGAGUUGGCUUGUCACACAUCGGCUUGUGUCGCUUCUCUUGCUGCCGACUCGAUUCUUCAAAUGGCUUUAGUGCAGUCGGGAGCUAUGUGGCCUGCGUUGAAAUCUAUAUUUGGCUUCGACUAUACUCUCGAGGAGGGAGGUGUUACCCAGACAGAAAGCACGAAUAAUCAGGCAUUGGGAAAUCGUUUGGCGCGUUUGUCGUUGAAAGUUUGUGCUGCACUGAGUGGAUACCCUCCUCCUUCACCCACUACUAGUCAACCACCUAAAGAAGUAGGCAAGAAAAUUGAAGAGCUUUAUCCAGCCAACCCAGUUGCCCAAAAGGCUCUUGACAGACUGCUGACGCCUUUCAUUGCCCAUCAAUUAAAUAGCGACACCCCAGAUGAGAUUCUGAAGAUUCUCAACAGCAACAUAGAGAAUCCUUACUUAAUUUGGGACAAUGGCACAAGAGCUCAAUUAAACGACUUUGUCGAAGAGCAAAGAACAUUGAGGAGAGAUCCUAAUGAUCCGAUCGACCCGUCGAUUGAUCUAGCUCCAGUAUUUGAUUUUUCCGCUCACUGUGACGAGCUUGUGAUAGGAGGGGUCUUCAUCAGAAUUUACAAUGAACAGCCCUCAUUCCCCAUUCAAAAACCAAAAGGCUUUGUUUUGGAGUUGCUGGAAUACUUGAGAAACCAGUCAAAAAAGUUGCAGUCUGUGCUAUCCGAUGAUAAAAUUCAUAUCCAUUCACACAUGGCCUUGCGAUCUCUAGCAAACGUUUUAAAAUGCAAUCCAGGUGUUGAACUACAGCUGAUUGGGCAUUUUAAGCUUUUGUCUUGGCUUCUGGUGAUGCCUAAUUUACAACCGGAUUGUCUGCAAGUCUUAAACACAGCGUGUUCAAAUCUAGAGUGUGUCAAUGAUCUGGCAGUGUCGGAAGUUUUGCAUCACAUUUUACUAACUUUGCUCGGAGAGGAAGAUGAAGUCAUCUCACUUUGCCUAGACUGCCUGCACACACUUGCCUCCUCUCCGAAAGCUGUCAAGGAAGCUCUUGCCAAAGGAGCUGUGCUUUAUCUGCUGUGCCUUUUCUGCAAUUCUGGAAAAUCUGAGGAAGUAAGAGGACGAACCGCUGAAUUGUUAUCGAGGCUCUCGGCUGAUAGACUUUCAGGCCCCAAAGUCAAACUUGUUCUCUCACGCUUCUUACCAGCAGCCUUGUCUGAUAUAAUAUUAGGAUCGCCACGAAUGGCGAUGGCGCUCUAUGACGGAAAUCACGAAAACCCAGAGCUCGUCUGGGGAUCAAAUCAGAGGAAUUUGCUGGAGAAGCACUUAAACGAAACUCAAAAAGAGUUUUCAGACAGGCAAAGAAUAGAUGUAAAGGCUGAGUGGAAGGCACCAGACACAGACUUUAAUUACCAAAGCGAACAGUCAGACGAAUUGGUGGUCGGUGGUGUUUACCUGAGACUCUUUUCCGCCAAUCCAGGCUGGAGUCUCAAAAGACCAAAGCACUUCCUAGGGGAGCUUCUGGACACCACCAUUGAGCUGAUGGCAAGGGAAACUGGAGAGAGCUCAAAAAUGGACCUUGCUAUUGUCUCUCUAGUCAGCUUGCUUGCAACCCAACCAAAAUUAGCAGAAGUAUUGCCAAGCUUGGGUCAUUUGCCAAAACUAGUGCAAACCUUGGUUGGCUGUGUCAACAAAGGUAACAACCAGGCAACCAUUGGUGCCGUCAAAGUGUUCCUGCAUCUGUCAAAGAGUCAAGGCUGUGUUGAGGCUCUGAGAAAUACUGACUGUGUUUCUGCUCUCAAGUUGGCUAUGCAGAAAUACCCACAGUCUCAAGGUUUUGCCUGCGAAACCUUGGGCAACUGGUUCAGUGCCAUGGGUUCGGAACCAAUCAUAAGACAGGCUGUUCAAAUUGAAUUAGUGCCAUACCUACUUGGCUUGCUGCAGUCACCGUCUUCAGUACUAUCUGCGGCGCACAAAGCGCACUUAGUGCAUGCGCUCAAGGCGCUUAAGAACACAAGCAAUCCUCAGCUUGCUGAAAAAAUUUCUGCCAUGCUGGACAAGUGCCCCGGCUGGGCCGAAUUCAGGGACCAAAAGCACGAUCUUUUCCUAGGAGGCCCUAACGAACAAAAAUAUUUAGAGGCUCCAUCUGGAAUGAUGGGUUACUUGACAGACGGCCGAGGCGCUGCAAAGUUGCCUGACCAACCUCCUCCUCUUAUGUCUCCCUCUGAGAGCCCAUCAAGUUCGUGAAGAGAGGGGAAAACGUUGAAGAGUAACCACAUUGUUGUGCAUUAAUGAAACUCCAUUCCUUUAAAGAUAUGCUUUGUAGCUACACAUUAAUAUGAAAUGCGAUAAAUCAUUAAUUUGAGGGAAAUAUUCAUUAUUCCUUGUGAUUUUAGUUUGCUUGCGUUAUUUUCCAAAUCUUUCCAUUCCAACUUAUUUUUGUACUCUUUACUUGCAAACAUUGUAUAAUAUGAGAUAAUAUUAGACUUGCUACAAUAUAUGCUCCGUUCUGAAAUUUGAAUAAUCAGAAAAGGAACUUUUACCGUAAUUCGUAAAAAAGAAAUAAUAUUAAAAAUAAGUGCGAGUGAACAUAUAUACAAAUAAAGUAAAGAAUAUUUCA